AUGCUCGUCCAAUCUGCCCUCGUCGCCUUGGGCGCGACGGUUGUCGCCGCUGUUCCUAGCCUGACAGUCCAGGGCAACAAGUUCGUCAAUGCCGCCACCGGCAGCGAGUUCCAGGUCGUCGGUAUGGCCUACCAGAUCGGCGGUAGUGCUGGUUACGACCCUAGCCACGGCAAGGACCCUCUCUCCGACGGCAAGGUCUGCAAGCGUGAUGCCGCCCUGAUGCAGUCGCUGGGCAUCAACACCAUCCGUGUCUACAACCUGGACCCCUACCUCAACCACGAUGAGUGUGCCAGCAUCUUCAACAAGGCCGGCAUGUACAUGAUCCUCGACGUCAACUCUCCCCUGGCUGGCGAGUCUAUCAACUCGGAGGCUCCUUGGGAGUCGUACUACGCUGGCUACCUGAACCGCACCUUCGCCAUUGUCGACAACUUCAAGGGCUACCCCAACACUCUCGCCUUCUUCUCCGGAAACGAGGUCAUCUCCAACGUUGAGCAGGGUGGCACCGCCCCUCCCUACGUCCGCGCCGUCACUCGUGACCUGAAGAACUACAUCAAGAACCACGCCGACCGCGCCAUCCCCGUCGGCUACUCGGCUGCCGAUGUGCGUGACGUCCUCGAGGACAGCUGGAACUACUUUCAGUGCGCCAUCGACGGCGAGGAGGACAACAUGUCCAAGGCCGAUAUCUUCGCCCUGAACAGCUACUCGUGGUGUGGUGAGAGCACCUUCCAGGAGUCGGGCUACGAUCAGCUGGUUGCCAUGUUCAAGACCUCUUCCGUCCCCAUCUUCUACUCCGAGUUCGGCUGCAACACCCCCUCGCCCCGUGUCUUCACCGAGAUCCAGUCCAUCUACGGCCCUGACAUGAUGGGAGUUUUCAGCGGAGGUGUCGUUUACGAGUUCGCCCAGGAGAAGAACAACUACGGCCUCGCUGAUGUCGCUGAUGAUGGCUCCGUCAAGCUGCUUUCCGACUUCGACAGCCUGAAGAACCAGUACCUCAAGGUCGACUGGGCUAGCGUCCAGAGUGUCAAGGCCAGCACCUCCAGCAGCUCCAACCCGCCCAAGUGCGCCGAGUCCCUCAUCAAGGAGGAAGGUUUCAGCAACAACUUCACCCUGCCUGUUCUUCCCCCGGGAGCUCAGGAGCUGAUCGAUGGCGGUGCCCCCGGUGCCGUCAUUGGUAAGAUCAUCGACAUCGACGACUACAGCUUCGACUACGCCAUCACUGGCGCUGACGGCUCUAAACUGACCGUUACUGUCUCGCCCCUUGCCGACGAUUCCACCAAUGUUGCUGGCUCCAACAGCGGCACCUCAAGUGGCAGUGGAAACAAGACUGAGAAUGCCGGUUUCAAGGUCGGCGCUAAGGCUGCCCCCGUGGUCUUGUUGCCCUUCCUUGCCGGUCUCAUGGCCUUGUAA